AUGGAAGAUGCGCAUGAUACCACAUCACGGUCAAAACGUCCCCUGGAUGUAGACCCCUCAGUAGCGGCAAUAUCAUCUUCAAAGAAAGCGAAUGAAACUUCAACAAGGAAUAGAGAAUUAACGACUGUGCUAGUUGAAAACUUACCAAAGAGUUAUAACCAAAACAAAGUCUAUAAAUAUUUUAAAGACUGCGGCCCAAUUUUACACGUCGAUAUAGCAGAUUCGCUCGAGAAGAGCUUUCGUUUUGCACGUAUUGAAUUUACCAAAUAUGAUGGGGCCCUCGCAGCACUGACCAAGACAUAUAAACUUGUAGGCCAGAAUGAAAUCACAGUGUCUCAUUUGGUAGACUGCACAUUAUGGAUGACCAAUUUCCCUCCAAACUACACACAGCGAGAAAUUAGGGGCCUAUUUAAAAAUCUUAACGUUGUCAUCCUAAGUAUACGGCUUCCUAGUUUACGUUUCAAUACAAACAGAAGGUUCGCUUAUAUUGAUGUUACUUCUAAAGAAGAUGCAAAUACUUGUGUAGAAAAGUUGAAUGACGUUGAAAUAGAAGGGUAUAUGUUGGUCACUAAGAUCUCUAACCCCCUCGAAAGGUCCAAACGGACUGAUUCCGCUACAUUAGAGGGACGGGAAAUUAUCAUACGAAAUGUGAAUGCAGAAUUGCUCGAUGAAAAUACCUUGAAGGAGUUGUUUGAUCAAUUUGGUCACAUAGAAAAAAUUAAUAUUCCUGCAGGACAGAAAGAGCAUAGCUUCAAUAAUUGCUGCGCAUUUAUAACUUUUGAAAAGAAGUGUUAUGCUGAAAAGGCUCUUCAAAUGAAUAAAACUAUGCUGCACGACAGGGAGAUUUCUGUCGGCUUGGCGGAUAAGAAACCAUUUUUGGAAAGAAAGGAAGUCAAAAGACUUCUCACUUUACGUAAUAGUAAAGAAUUAGAAUCAUUGACGUGUUUGUUUCCAGUUUCCGAUAAGGUUUCAUCGAGCCAAAUCGAAGAGUUUCUUCAAGAAGAAAUACACGUCAAUAAAAAUCAAAUUGAAAAAGUACAUCUCGUCAGUGACUUUAAUGGCGCCAUUAUUAUAUUUAGAGAUGAGAAACUGGCAGCAAAGAUGCCCAUGAUACUUAACAAUUCUCAAUUCCAGGGAAGAAUGGUACGAUCAGGCACUAUCAAUGACAUGAAAAAGUAUCACAGCAAUCGGAACAAUAAUACCGUAAAGGAUGCGAAACCUAGUCGCAUAAACACGAUGCCGAGAAGACCAACUCAUCAAAUAAAGGAUAAAUCAGCAGAUAAACAAGAGCAAAUGUCUAAUGACGAUUUUCGUAAGAUGUUUCUGGGAAAAUAG